AUGCCGGUAGGUGUUCCCAAAGUAGCCUUUGAUGUUCCCGGCGAGGAUGAAGCUUCUUGGAUUGACUUAUACUAUCGACUUUUUCACGAAAGACUACUUUUUUUAGGCGGAGGGAUUCUAUCUGGAAUGGCAAUUUUUGAUGUUAUGCAAUUUGUAGAAGCAGAAGUACAGACAGUAUGCGUAGGAUUAGCCGCUUCAAUGGGAUCUCUUAUUUUGUUAGGAGGAGAAAUUACCAAACGUCUAGCAUUCCCUCAUGCUUGGGUAAUGCUGCAUCAACCUGCUAGUUCUUUUUAUGAGGGAAACACGGGCGAAUCUAUGAUGGAAGUGACGGAAAUAAUGAAAAUGCAAACAACUAUGAUAAAUAUUUAUUGCCAAAGAACAGGCAAACCUUCCUGGCAGAUAUAUAAAGACAUGGAAAGGGAUUUUUUUAUGUCAGCAGAAGAAGCCCAAGCCUACGGAAUAAUUGAUACAGUAGCGGAUUCUUUGUAA